ACGUCCCGCCCGCGUUUGCGCACUCGCGGUGUUGAUUUUUGUUGCCGGCAAGAUUUGAGAUCGUUUUUUUUUAAACACGACCCGACCACGCAACUUUUGGUUUACAAUCCGUCUAACCAAAAUGUGAAAUUCGUCAGUGUAUGUGAAUAAGUGCGUCAUUUUGAAAAGGAACAUAAUAUUUUUAUACUGCAACUCUUGCAUCGGAUCCUGUGUUGUGUUAAAAAGUUUGAUAGGAGUGAAAUUGUACCGGUAUUGGUCUCGAGUGUGGUAUCUGAUACCAAUUAGUUCUGAGUCAAGUUCAUUGUCAUCCUUUUUAUCUGAUUGAAAUACUGGGUUGCCAGUAGCGCACAGCAUGCGCGGAGUCACGUGACCUCAGAUGGCGACGGACGCGCGCGCGCGCUCCCCGCAAAAUGGCGUCCGAAGGAGACGCGACAACAGGUCGCCGUAUGUGACUCUGGGCGCGGUACGAUACACGGUACGUCGUGCUCCUCCGCCGCGGGCCUGCCCCUGCCGCUGCUGCUCCGGGGAGGCGGUGGCGGCGUGCCUCGGCCGCGCCAAGCCGGACCGCCGCACGCUGGAGCGCCUCCAGCGCCGCCUGGGCCGCGGCUCGCGCGAUGAGCGGCCCUCGCGCCAGCAGCGCCUGAAGGACUUCACCGAGCGGCUUAUGCCCCGCUCACACGCCACACCGACUCCGCCGCCUCCGCCUCCGCCGCCGCCUCCUCCUCACACAGCGCCCAUCCUGCCUCCGGUCCCGCCGCCGCGUUCACGUCAUCGACAUAGCCCACCGCGCGGUUCUCAAGCUGACAGUGCGCAGGCGCAUAGUGAGGGCACUUCGCCCUUAGAACCUUCUCAACCCUUCGCAUUCCCACCCCUUCCCGCGAUUCCUUCAAACGCGUGUGCAAAUGUGGACUGUGAGUGUGCUAGUUUUCCAACUCUAAUAGAAUCUGCUAGUGAAUUGGAUAGUUCAGUGCCGAUCCCAGUACCCGUGUACGAGUGCAUAGUGAAACAGUGGUCGAAGGAUAAUCAGCCAGAAGAUGCGCAACGUUCUGAUGCAGCGUCAGAUGGAUCUUUAGACCGAGAUAAAGAGGAUGAAACUAUAACAAGUGAGCAAGUUGCCCAUUUGCUAGCAGCUGUCCAAAACCCGUGUACGCCCGCCCCUAUUGGCGCUAGAGAGAGGCGUAGGCCAUUAGAUAAGACAAAGAGACGAAAAGGCAUUUACAUUACAACGGCUAGCGAUGACGGGGGUGACGAUCCUCCUCCACCAGUAAAUGGUUGUAACAGAGAAAGUAGUGACGCGUCGUUGCAAGACAUGAGAUUGUCAGCGGAAACAAGAACGUCAUCUUUACUUGGGGAUAAAUCAGACGAUUCGUGCACUAACGGCCCUCCUAGUCCUAGUGAAACCGCCCCGAUGUGGUCGAAAGCGGAUGACGUUAAGGCUAGGCGAGCAAGAUUUUCACAACAAAGCUCAGACGAGAAAGAGGAGGAAGUGUACAGAGUGCGCAGGAAAUAUGGGGUCACGUCACGGGGUGAUUCGCCUUCAGAAGCUGAAAGCGAUUCUUGCUCGCGCGAUCGCACCGCUUCUCCGUCUCCAUUCAGCCCUUCAGACACAUCUGAUGUGGAAGCCAAGAGGCAGCAGUUCACGAGGCCAUUCGGUAGAAAUUUAGAAGCUCCAUCGAGCAGAUCAGUAGAAAUGGGCCGUAGAAGUUUUUCAGACGCGACAGUGCCAAGUCGUAAAAUAAGUGCUGGAGCCGCUCCCACGUCAGGACGACCGAAGGGAGCACACACACAUGUGAGAGCGACGUCGUCACCGUCCAAAUUGGCGGGAGUUAAACCUGGAACCGACUUGCUUGCUGAGCUUUUGCGCGGCAGCUCUGAGGCACUAUCCAAUUCUUCAACAUUCGAUAACGUCAUCCUGACUCUGCACCAGCAUAACGACACGCGAACGCACGUGGUUGUGGAGUUAUAUGAAACGGAGAAAUCGUAUGUGGAGGCCUUGGAAAUAUUAGUUAAGAAGUAUCUCCACCCCCUCAAAAGUCCGGAGAACGCUGGUCUCCUGGACGCAUUCGUGGUGGACGAGAUAUUCUACCAGGUGCCGGCUAUACUGAACGUGCAUCAGGAGUUCCUAGAGAAGCUGAGAAGACGGCUGGAGCAAUGGGAUCUGCAGCAGAGAGUUGGAGACGUGUUCUUAGAUGUGUUUACAAAACCCACCGUAAUGGACACCUACAUGUCCUUUAUAAGCAACCUGAAGAAGGCGAAGGAAACCAUCAAGACAGCAGCCGCUUCCCGUCCGGCUUUCGCCAAAUUCCUCGACGCUAUGGCCCGGGACCAUAAGGGCAAGUUGUCCUUGGACAACUUGCUCAUCAAACCGGUCCAGAAGUUUCCCAGCUAUAAACUAUUGAUACAACGUCUGAUCAAACAUACAGAUCAGUCGCACCCCGACCAUAAACUGCUCCUAGACGCUCAAAAGGAGAUACACAAUCUCCUAGAGCUAAUCAAUUGCACGGAACGAGAAAGCUUGGAGUUGGAAAUGCAGCAGCAGACUUUAAGGGAUCUGGAACAAAUGAUCGAAGGACUGUCCAACUUCGUGACGUCAGAGAGGACGUUUAUACGACACGAGACCGUGACGAUGCCGUCAGCACAGGGCACUAUAAAAGACCGUGCCUUGUUCCUCUUUAGUGAUACUUUGUUGAUCACCAGUGUUAAACGCCGCACGGGGACUAUUAAGAAACCCAUUCCAACAUACCAAAGUAGCAUAGCGAGCCAGAUGGAAGGCAACAAGUAUAAGCUUCUGAUGCGAAUUAAUUUGGCUGAUCUCGAAAUUGUUAAAACCAAAGACGAAAACCUGCGACGCAUCAUGCACGAAGUGGAAACCCUCUCAGAGGACGCGAACACACUUACACAAAUAUCGGAACACGUGGCGCGUCUGCACGCGCAGCACGGCCCUCUGGAGGAGAUCGUAAGAGAGAUGCUGUGCAAUGUUCUGAGACAAUUAUCUGAGCGUCACAGCAGUGAUACCCAGCUAUGUUAUAUGGAGAUCAGCGUUAACACUUCCAGUGGUUCCGAAAACCUAACCAUCAUCUUCCCUAAGACGGAAAAAAGGAGCAAUUGGGAGGAACUUAUCAACGAGACCAAGCAAAAACUAAGUGUGUAUGGUCAAGAACGGCCAGCUCCCGAGUUCCUAUCUCCAGUGCCGAUACGUAAGACGCGAGCGGGUUUGCAAUUCACUUGCGCGGCGCCCACGCUGCCACCGAAGGGACAGAGUCCUGAUGUUUGGGUGUGCAACAGCGACGGCUACGUCGGCCAAGUGUGCGUGCUGACUCUCAGCCCGCGGCCGCAAGUGACGUCAUGUAAUGGCGUGUGCAACGCACGCAUAUUGUGCGUAGCCUGCGUACCGCCCGCCCCCGCUACUGUUGAUACUACAAGUUCGUUGAUAACUGCAGCAAAUAAACCAGGCAUCAGCAUUUCUGAUACGGAUGAGAUCUGCAAGAACAUACGACUUGAUAGUUCAUCAUCAAGCGACGACGAAGACGACGGCUCAUCAACCAGCGAGAACCAAGACGCGCAAUCCGAAAGGAGCCAAGAGUCGGGCAGCCUCCGCCUCACGUACAACAUGAACCGCACCCUCACCCCCAACCACAGCAAGAGCCUCAGCACCCCGCACACCGGCCAGAACAUACAAGUCCACCCCGUUAUGAAGUCCAAUUCUAACCCCGCUGUCGAUAAACAGGCGAUGGGCAUUACGUCCGUACACGGACGCAUCAUUGCUGGUACUCUAUCAUCGCCAGCAAGUCGGCAAUCUUCAGAAGACAGUGGUACAACAGCGAACCAGCCAACUAUGUGGCUCGGAACUGAAGAUGGCUGCAUACACGUUUACAAUUGCCUGGAUAAUAUCAGGAUCAAGAAGAACAAGGUCAAGCUGCAGCAUAAUUCCGGCGUUCAUUCCAUUGUAUUUGUGGAGGGCAAGGUGUUUGUGGCGCUCGGCAACGGUGAUCUCGUAGUGUAUUGUCGAGAUAUUGAAGGUUCAUGGGCGGAGAGAUGCAGCAUCCCCGUGGGCUCGGGCAACACGCCGGUGAGCGCGAUGCUGCUGUCGGAGGGCCGCCUGUGGUGCGCCACGCACGCCUCCAUCAAGAUCAUUAACCCGCACACUUUGCAGGUGGACGAAACAUUCCAAAUAAGCUCCGAGUCGAAGCCGAUCAGCCACAUGGCGGUGGCGGGCGGCGCGAUAUGGCUCUCGCUGCACAACGCCGCCACGCUGCGCUGCUACAGCGCCGCCACGAGGGAACUGCUCGCGGAGCUUAAUAUUACGCCACAUGUUACUAAGAUGCUACAUGGGUGUGACGACAUAAUUCGCCAGCACAAGGCGGCGUGCCUGCGCGUGACGGCGCUGCUGGCGCACCGCGACACGCUGUGGGUGGGCACCGUGGCUUCCUGCGAGGACGGCAUCAUGCUUUAUGUGGGCAGUGCAACGCACUGCAUCCCAUACGGACACACUGGGCACGUGCGGUUCCUGACUAUCGUCGAAAACCCAGUCCCCCACAAGCCAUCGACGAAGCCGGCGCAAACCUUGAAAACCAAGGGGCUCAGCCGGCGCUCCACUAACGCUGAAAAACUUCAGAAGCAAGCUGACACCACGAAGAACAACAUGGAAACCUUGAUCAUUUCCGGAGGCGACGGUUACGAAGACUUCAGAAGUUCCACAAUGUCAGAAGACGCCGGUCGAGAAGAUUCCACCAACCAUCUUCUCCUAUGGAGGGUCUGAAGGGAUUUUUCCUAGCACAGGGUCUAAGUUCGCCGAAUCGCUUCGGCCGAGUAUUUUCGAUUUGCGUUGCUGCGUCGUGCGACAAAUUUAAAGAGCCUAAUUGUAUUACGUUCUGUUAAACUGAAUUGUCCAGCUUUUUAAUGUUAUAUUUUAAAAUGUUUGCUCGCGAGGGUGAUAGUGGAUCGAGAUUAUUAACGUAAGUUAGGACAUUAAAUGUCGAUUAUAUCAGUGUCUAAAUAUCAAACAAUUUUAUCCUAACAUUGUGCAGUAUUAAAAUUAUAGAUAUUGGUUGAGGCCAAAUGAUAUAUUUACGGUGUUUUAGAAUCAUUUACAUGUACCUAUUCAUAUCAAACGGUUUUAAAUGUCUGCAAUCAUAUUGCUGUUGUCGAAGUAUCGUGUAAAUUAAUGUGACGGUUUUCAUUAGUGAAAAUUGUAAUAUCUGUAAACUGUACCUAUGUCUAUACCUAUACCCAUACCCGUACCAAUACCCAGACCUAUACCGAUCCUAAACGAUAGCGCCCAUGUUGAAAUGUAGAUAUCAUCAAUGUAGAAUUCGAAAUUAUCAUUAGUGCAUAUAAGUGUCUGUCUGGAUUAGUUCUAAGCCAUUUCAAUGUAUUUAAUGACUUAACAAUAGAUCUCUCGAUAGUUAAACAGUCUAUGUACCUUAAAUGUUUAAACUUCUAUGGAAUUUGAUUGCUCAAACCGAAUUCAACUGAAUGUUACCUACCGCAAAAUUAUUUUGAGAGCAAACGGAAUUGUAAAGAUUUGAAAAUGUAGGUAUAUUUAUGAUGAAUAAAGAAAGUUGCACUAA